CUCGGGCGGCAGAGCUCUGCCACUCCAGCCACACUCCCACCACCUGGGAGGACCUCAGCGUUGGUUGCGGCUAACCCGCUGCUUGAACACCUUGUGGCUACUGCUGUGUUAUGUUUGCUCUGUUUUAAAGCUCUGAAAAAGGGAUGAGAGAUGUCUGACAAGAUGUCGAGUUUUCUUCAUAUUGGGGAUAUAGUCUCCUUGUACGCCGAAGGAUCCGUCAAUGGAUUCAUCAGCACGUUAGGCCUUGUGGAUGACCGAUGUGUGGUGCAACCGGAUGCUGGAGACUUGAAUAACCCACCUAAGAAGUUUAGAGACUGCCUCUUUAAGUUAUGUCCUAUGAACCGAUACUCUGCUCAGAAACAGUUCUGGAAAGCAGCUAAGCCCGGAGGCAACACCACAACGGACGCAGUGCUGCUGAAUAAACUGCACCAUGCUUCAGAUCUGGAAAAGAAGCAGAAUGAUUCGGAGAACCGGAAGUUGCUUGGAACAAUCAUUCAAUAUGGCAAUGUUAUCCAGCUGUUGCACCUGAAGAGCAACAAGUACCUGACGGUGAACAAGAGGCUGCCAGCUCUGUUGGAGAAGAAUGCCAUGAGGGUGACACUAGAUGCUGCUGGCAAUGAAGGCUCCUGGUUUUAUAUCCAGCCAUUCUACAAGUUGCGGUCCAUAGGUGAUAGUGUUGUGAUUGGAGAUAAAGUGGUGCUGAACCCAGUUAAUGCUGGCCAGCCACUUCAUGCCAGCAAUUGUGAAUUGGUCGACAAUCCAGGAUGCAAAGAGGUUAACUCUGUGAAUUGCAACACUAGUUGGAAAAUCGUGCUGUUCAUGAAAUGGAGUGAUAAUAAGGAAGACAUCUUGAAAGGGGGUGAUGUUGUGAGACUGUUUCACGCAGAGCAGGAAAAGUUUCUCACCUGCGACGAGUAUCGGAAAAAGCAGUAUGUGUUCCUCAGGACCACAGGGCGGCAGUCUGCUACGUCAGCAACCAGUUCCAAGGCACUGUGGGAGGUUGAGGUUGUUCAACAUGACCCUUGCCGUGGGGGAGCUGGGCACUGGAACAGUCUUUUCCGCUUCAAGCAUUUGGCCACGGGCAAUUACUUGGCUGCUGAGGUUGGUGAUGGUAAUCCAGAUUACCAGGAGGAGUGUCAAGAAUCCCGAUCAUCGAAUGACUCUGAGCUGGAAGCAUUGAGGAACAGAAUAUGCAGUUUCCAGGAGAAGGUGAUGUACAUGCUGGUGUCAGUACCCGAGGGGAACCACAUCUCCUCCAUCUUUGAACUCGACACAACCACCCUCCAAAGAGGAGACUCGCUUGUUCCAAGGAAUUCAUACGUUAGACUCCGGCAUCUCUGCACAAACACGUGGGUUCACAGCACCAAUAUUCCCAUCGACAAAGAUGAAGAGAGACCAGUUAUGCUGAAGAUCGGCACAUCUCCAACAAAAGAAGACAAAGAGGCGUUUGCUAUAGUGCCUGUUCCUCCAGCUGAAGUGAGAGACUUGGACUUUGCCAAUGAUGCCAGUAAAGUGUUAGCCUCAAUUGCUGGCAAACUCGAGAAGGGUACGAUCACACAGAAUGAAAGACGUUUUGUUACAAAGCUUCUGGAAGAUUUGAUGUUCUUUGUUGCGGAUGUUCCAAAUUCUGGCCAAGACGUGCUCGAGGUGGUGAUCAAUAAACCAAACCGAGAGCGACAGAAACUCAUGAGGGAGCAAAAUAUUCUAAAACAGAUCUUUAAGCUGCUUCAGGCCCCGUUCACAGACAGUGGCGAUGGCCCCAUGCUGAGGUUGGAGGAGCUGGGAGACCAGAGGCAUGCUCCAUUUCGCCACAUCUGCAGACUGUGUUACCGAGUAUUGAGACACUCCCAGCAAGACUACCGUAAAAACCAGGAAUACAUAGCAAAACAGUUUGGCUUCAUGCAGAAGCAGAUUGGAUACGAUGUCCUGGCUGAAGACACUAUAACAGCCCUACUGCACAACAACCGCAAACUCUUAGAGAAACACAUCACGGCAGCUGAAAUCGAAACCUUUGUCAGCCUGGUCAGGAAGAACCGUGAGCCGAGGUUUCUUGAUUACCUCUCUGACUUGUGUGUCUCCAACAACACAGCCAUUCCAGUUACCCAAGAACUCAUCUGCAAAGCUGUGUUGAACCCAGCUAAUGGUGACAUUCUCAUUGAGACAAAGCUGGUUCUCUCCAGAGUGGAGUUUGAGGUGGAGAAUGGUGGCGAGAGCCGGCUAGAAGUUGGCGAGGAUGAAGAAGUGUGGCUCUUUUGGAAUGACAGCGGCAAAGAGCUACGGAGCAAAAGCAUUCGUGAAUUAGCUCAAGAUGCCAAAGAGGGCCAAAAGGAGGACCAGGAAGUUCUUAGUUAUUACAGGUACCAGCUGAACCUUUUCGCUCGGAUGUGCUUGGACCGUCAAUAUUUGGCCAUCAAUGCCGUGUCUGGGCAGCUGGAUGUGGAUUUAAUUCUCCGCUGCAUGUCAGAUGAGAACUUGCCAUAUGAUUUGCGUGCCUCUUUCUGUCGCCUGAUGUUGCACAUGCACGUGGACAGAGACCCCCAAGAGCAGGUGACUCCUGUGAAGUAUGCUCGCCUGUGGUCCGAAAUACCUUCCCAGAUAGCUAUCGAUGAUUAUGACUCCAGUGGAACUUCCAAAGAUGAAAUAAAAGAGCGUUUUGCUCAUACCAUGGAAUUUGUGGAGGAGUAUUUGAGAGAUGUCGUCUGCCAAAGGUUUCCUUUCUCAGACAAGGAGAAGAACAAGCUGACAUUUGAGGUUGUGAAUUUGGCUCGAAAUCUUAUCUACUUCGGCUUCUACUGUUUUAGUGACCUCCUGAGAUUAACCAAAAUCUUGCUGGCCAUAUUAGACUGUGUCCACUUGGCCACUGUCUUUCCAAUCAGCAAGCUGGUUAAAGGGGAUGAUAACAGAGGCAGUAAUGUCAUGAGAUCAAUUCAUGGAGUCGGCGAGCUGAUGACUCAAGUGGUGCUGAGAGGAGGUGGCUUCCUACCUCUAUCUCCCAUUACACCACAGGAUGGAACGACUAAGCAACAGGGUGAGCCAGAGAAGGAAGAUAUUCUAGUUAUGGACACAAAACUAAAAACAAUUGAAAUACUGCAGUUCAUUUUGAAUGUUCGUUUGGAUUAUCGAAUCUCUUGCCUUCUCUCCAUAUUUAAACGAGAGUUUGAUGAAAGUAAUGCACAUCAUCAGUCGACCGACUCCCCACCGAGUAUAGGGUCGGCUUCUCAGGAUGGGACAAGUAAUGUUCCAGGGACGUUAGAUUUUGAGCACAUUGAGGAGCAGGCUGAAGCGAUCUUUGGUGGAAGUGAUGAAAAUACCCCAUUAGAUCUGGAUGAUCAUGGAGGCAGAACAUUUCUACGGGUCCUGCUUCAUCUCACAAUGCACGACUACCCACCUUUAGUAUCGGGAGCACUCCACCUCUUAUUUAGACAUUUUAGCCAGAGGCAAGAGGUCCUUCAGGCAUUUAAGCAGGUCCAGCUGCUUGUCACCAGCCAGGAUGUAGAAAACUACAAACAAAUCAAAGCUGACCUGGACCAGCUGAGGCUGCUGGUGGAAAAGUCAGAGCUCUGGGUUUACAAGGGCAACGCCCAUGAUGAGUCAAUGGAUGGUGGAGACAAUUCAACAAGCGGAAGUGAAUUGAAAAAGAAAAAAGAUGGUGACUUUGCCAAGGGUCAGGCUGCCAGUUCUGAUGCAGUGGUUACCAUUGAAAGCACCAGCAGCAAGAAUUAUCGAGUUAUAAAGGAGGUUCUGAUCCGACUCAGCAAGCUGUGUGUUCAAGAGGGUUCAUCCGUGAGGAAAAGCCGCAAGCAGCAGCAGAGGUUACUGAGGAACAUGGGUGCCCACACCGUUGUCCUGGACCUUCUGCAGAUUCCCUAUGAGAAGGCUGAGGACCUCCGAAUGCAAGAGAUUAUGAAGCUGGCACACAAGUUUCUGCAGAAUUUCUGUGCUGGCAACCCACAGAACCAAGCUCUUCUGCACAAGCACAUCAACCUUUUCCUCAAUCCAGGGAUUCUGGAAGCUGUGACCAUGCAACACAUCUUCAUGAACAACUUCCAGCUGUGCAGUGAGAUCAACGAGCGGGUGGUGCAGCACUUUGUCCACUGCAUCGAGACGCACGGCCGCAACGUACAGUAUCUCAAGUUCCUGCAGACGAUCGUGAAGGCGGAGGGGAAGUUUAUCAAGAAGUGCCAGGACAUGGUAAUGGCUGAGCUGGUGAAUGCUGGAGAAGAUGUUCUGAUCUUCUACAACGAUCGAGCUUCCUUCCAGAUUUUGGUACAGAUGAUGCGGUCUGAGCGGGACCGGAUGGAUGAGAAUAGUCCCCUCAUGUACCACAUCCACUUGGUGGAGCUACUGGCUGUCUGCACUGAGGGAAAAAAUGUCUACACAGAGAUAAAAUGCAACUCCCUUUUACCCCUGGAUGACAUUGUCAGAGUAUCGACCCAUGAAGACUGCAUACCUGAAGUGAAAAUUGCUUACAUUAACUUUCUUAAUCACUGCUAUGUGGAUACAGAGGUGGAGAUGAAAGAGAUUUAUACCAGCAACCACAUGUGGAAGCUUUUUGAGAACUUCCUCGUAGACAUCUGCAGGGUGUGCAACAAUACCACUGACCGAAAACAUACUGACAAUGUCUUGGAGGUAUACGUCACUGAAAUAGUCAUGAGCAUUGUCACAACUUUCUUUAGCUCUCCCUUUUCUGAUCAAAGCACAAGUUUACAGACUCGCCAGCCGAUCUUCGUGCAACUAUUGCAAGGAGUGUUCAGAGUCUACCACUGCCCUUGGCUGUCUGCCACCCAGAAGGCUUCGGUUGAGAGUUGCAUUAAGGUGCUUUCAGAAGUAGCCAAGAGCAGAGCCAUAGCCAUCCCCGUAGACCUGGACAGUCAGGUUAACAAUCUCUUCCUCAAGUCUCACAACAUUGUACAGAAGACCGCAAUGAGUUGGCGAAUGUCGGCACGGAACGCCGCUCGGAGAGAUUCUGUUCUUGCCGCCUCUCGAGAUUAUCGGAAUAUUAUUGAGCGGUUGCAGGAUAUAGUGUCUGCACUUGAAGAUAGACUCCGACCCCUUGUCCAGGCUGAACUCUCUGUACUGGUUGAUGUACUCCAUCGGCCAGAGCUGCUUUUCCCAGAGAACACUGAAGCAAGGCGGAAGUGUGAAAGUGGAGGGUUUAUCUGCAAGCUAAUUAAACACACAAAGCAGCUUCUGGAAGAGAAUGAAGAAAAGUUAUGCAUCAAAGUUCUGCAGACACUUCGGGAGAUGAUGACCAAGGAUCGAGGAUAUGGAGAGAAGCUUAUUGCAUUUGACGAUGAAUUGGAUAUAGCAGAGGAACCUGAUCAAAACCUGCCACAGAAGCAGCUGGAAGAUCAGAAACGGGGUGAAGCUCUAAGGCAGAUCUUGGUCAACCGCUAUCAUGGCAAUGUCAGAUCAGUAGGUAGAAGAGAAAGCCUGACAAAUUUUCACAAUGGUCCACUAUCAGCAGGAGGCAUCAACAAAUCUCUCGAACGCGGAGGCGGAGGUACAGCAGGUACAUUGAGUCAAGGUGAGAUGAGUCUUGCAGAAGUACAAUGUCACCUGGAUAAGGAAGGAGCAUCCGACCUGGUCAUAGACCUCAUAAUGAAUGCAACCAGUGACCGAGUCUUCCAUGAAAGCAUAUUACUUGCAAUUGCUCUGCUAGAAGGAGGCAACACUACAAUUCAGCAUUCGUUUUACUGCCGUUUGAUGGAGGACAAGAAGUCAGAGAAAUUCUUCAAGGUGUUUUAUGACCGUAUGAAGCUCGCACAACAAGAGAUCAAAGCUACAGUGACUGUAAAUACCAGUGACCUCGGUAAUAAAAAGAAAGACGGUGAAUCUACAGAGAGAGAUGUGCCUGUGCGAAGAAGAGCCAAAGAACCUCCGGCGCAGCUUAGCGACGAGGUACGAGAACAGCUGCUGGAGGCCUCUGCUGCCACGCGCAAAGCCUACAACACCUUCCGGAGGGAUGCUGAUCCAGAGGACCACUUCCCUGGUGCAGAUGGCAACCCAGCCGCAGGAGAGAAGAACAAGGACGAUGGGGAGAUGAGUGCCAUGAUAGCCAUCAUGCAACCAAUUCUUCGCUUCAUGCAGCUGCUCUGCGAAAACCAUAACCGAGACCUCCAGAACUUCCUGCGUUGCCAGAACAACAAGACUAAUUAUAACCUGGUCUGUGAGACACUGCAGUUCCUGGACUGCAUCUGUGGCAGCACCACUGGUGGGCUGGGCCUUUUGGGACUCUACAUCAAUGAAAAGAACGUGGCCCUCAUCAACCAGACACUGGAAAGCUUGACUGAAUAUUGUCAAGGGCCCUGCCAUGAGAACCAGAACUGCAUUGCCACCCAUGAAUCAAAUGGAAUAGACAUCAUCAUUGCACUAAUUCUUAAUGAUAUCAACCCACUGGGAAAGAAGAGAAUGGACCUUGUGCUGGAACUGAAGAAUAAUGCAUCCAAGCUGCUGCUGGCAAUUAUGGAAAGUAGACAUGACAGUGAAAAUGCAGAAAGAAUACUCUAUAACAUGAGGCCCAAGGAACUGGUGGAGGUGAUAAAGAAGGCCUAUCUGCAGGGAGAGGUGGAGUUUGAGGAAACCGAGGAUGGUGAGGAUCAUGCUGCCUCACCCAGGAAUGUUGGCCAUAACAUUUACAUCCUGGCUCAUCAGUUGGCACGUCAUAACAAAGAGCUUCAACAAAUGCUGAAACCUGGCAGUCAGAUGGGUGAAGGAGAUGAAGCCUUGGAGUAUUAUGCCAAACACACAGCUCAGAUUGAGAUUGUAAGGCAGGAUCGCACAAUGGAACAGAUUGUCUUUCCUGUUCCAAAUAUAUGCGAGUUUCUCACCAAGGAAUCCAAAUUGCGUGUGUACUAUACCACUGAGCGAGACGAGCAAGGCAGCAAGAUAAAUGACUUCUUCCUGAGUUCUGAGGACCUCUUCAAUGAAAUGAACUGGCAAAAGAAGCUUCGAGGACAGCCAGUUUUGUAUUGGUGCUCACGUAACAUGACGUUUUGGAGCAGCAUCUCCUUCAAUCUAGCCGUUCUCAUGAACCUGUUGGUUGCACUGUUCUAUCCCUUUGAAGGCGUCAGAGGAGGUACGUUGGAGGCACAUUUAUCAGGUCUGCUGUGGACAGCAGUGUGUAUAUCUCUUGCCAUUGUGAUCGCCCUUCCUAAACCCCAUGGUAUUAGAGCUUUGAUCGCCUCUACAAUUUUGCGCCUUAUAUUCUCAGUUGGCUUGGAGCCAACAUUGUAUUUGUUGGGGGCAUUUAAUGUUGGUAAUAAAGUAAUAUUCUUGACGAGUUUUGUGGGAAAUCGAGGUACUUUCACUAAAGGUUACAUGGCCAUGAUCCUGGAUGUGGAGUUUCUUUAUCAUCUAGUAUACACAAUAAUAUCUGUCAUGGGGCUUUUUGCCCAUGAAUUCUUCUACAGUUUGCUGCUUUUUGACCUGGUUUACAGAGAGGAGACAUUACUGAAUGUCAUCAAGAGUGUCACUCGUAAUGGCCGCUCCAUCAUUCUGACAGCUGUACUAGCGCUCAUCUUAGUCUACCUGUUUUCUAUUGUUGGCUUUUUGUUUUUCAAAGACGACUUCAUCCUGGCAGUGGACAAGGUGCCAAACAAGACCCUUUGGGCAGAAGAUGCUGCAUCACUGUCUGAAGAAUUGCUUUCCGCCGAUGUCUGUCGCCUGGGCAAUGGAGAGAACUGUUCAACACUUUACUCCAUGGAGAGUAACGAGUUGCUUGCUGAGAAUGAAGAGGACUCGGAGCACACCUGUGAAACCCUGUUUAUGUGUAUCAUUACUGUACUCAGUCAUGGACUGCGAAGUGGAGGAGGUGUGGGAGAUGUGCUCAGGAAACCUUCCAAAGAGGAACCGCUCUUUGCUGCACGUGUGGUCUACGAUCUCCUCUUCUUCUUCAUGGUCAUCAUCAUUGUCCUGAACUUGAUCUUUGGUGUCAUCAUUGACACUUUUGCUGACUUGAGGAGCGAGAAGCAGAAGAAGGAAGAAGUCUUGAAAACAACCUGCUUCAUAUGUGGCUUGGAAAGGGAUAAAUUUGACAACAAGACAGUGACAUUUGAAGAACAUAUCAAGGAUGAGCACAACAUGUGGCAUUAUCUGUGCUUUAUUGUCUUGGUGAAAGUCAAGGACUCCACAGAGUACACUGGGCCAGAGAGCUACGUAGCAGAGAUGAUCAAGGAACGGAACCUGGACUGGUUUCCACGUAUGCGGGCCAUGUCACUUGUUAGCAGUGACGCAGAGGGGGAGCAAAACGAGCUGAGGAGCCUACAGGAGAAGCUGGAGUCUACGAUGAAGCUGGUUACUAACUUAUCUGGCCAACUGUCAGAGCUCAAGGAGCAGAUGACUGAGCAAAGGAAACAAAAGCAACGUAUUGGUCUCCUCGGGCACCCUCCGCACAUGAACAUUAACCCACAGCAGCCGGCCUGAGGGAGACGCUGCCAUUUUGGAUUGGAAUAGCUUGGCUCAGAACCUAUCACCCGGCUACUGAACCAGUAUAAAUUUUUCAAAAUGUUUACUUGUAUGCACCAUAGGAAAUAAAAGACAGAUUUUAGUCUCUUGCUACUGUUACCUAGAUUCCUAAGGAACUGUUUCCUGUCACACUCAUCGGGAUGUUCUGCUUCCAUUGCUGCCAAAGAUGGAAUCAUGGAUGUUAUUUAAAGUCUCCAUUUGAAAGCAGGCUUCUCAUUUUGGGGAGGUGAGGGGAGAGGGGGGUUUGAUCUGGGCGUAGGUGGGGGUCCAGUUUUAUUCCAAGGGCCCAUCGUUACAACUAAGGGGAGUUGCAAAUGGUGCACCCACUUUAAAUUUAGGGCUGUAGGGUUGAAGAGAACGGGUUUUGAUUUCCCACCCCUGCUAACUCCAUUGUGGCUGCAAAGUAAAAUAAAGCACAUUUGAAGAACUGACUGUCAGGAUAAUGAGUACGGCAGAAGUUUUUGUAUGUACAGAAAAAAAAUAAUUGUGUAACCAGUAUUUAAUGUCCUAUUUUUGUAAGUUGAUGUGCAAUAUGACUAAUGAAUAUGCAAAAUACUCAGUAUAACUUUGCGUUGUAGAUGAACACUGAAGUGUACUACCUGUGAAGAGCCACAUUGUCUUUUGCUAAAUGAAUAUACACUUGUUUAUUUUCAUUGAAGCUGAAAAAGGAUGAAUGGAAAACUUUUUGUAUAUUUGCUGCCUUAGUUGUUUUGUAUAAGUACCUCAGUUUACAGAUGGCAGACGAGUCAGUGACCAAGAAAGUAGUGUUAAUGACAAAGUAUACACAAAGCACUAAUAUUAUACAAAUUAAGUGUGAUAUGACAGUUGUACAAUGCAUAAGAAAAGCUAUUUAAUAAAUAUAUAAUGCUG